CCACCGCAAACCAGGCCUCAACCUUUCCCGAGAACAUGGCCGCACAACCACGUUUCGCCGGCGAUUCUCAAUUUCUCACAUACCAAAUACCUUACUUCGCGCCCGACUGAACGUUGGGUGUCUGUCCAUUACUCUGCUCGACAAACAAAAACGCCAAGAUGGCAACCAGCCGCGAAGCAGAAAUGCCAGCCCCUCCUCCAGAGCCAGUACAGCACCAACAUCCAAACCUCGAGCCGUACUCGACCUUCUCCCUGGCGAUGCGCACCUACCUGACCUACGUCCUCGGGUUCAUCAUCACGCUCUCCACCUUGACAGCAACAAUCUACUUCCCUCUGAUCCCCCUCCUCAGCACGCAAUUCCGCACCUCUAUCCAAUCCAUCAACCUCACCGUAACAGCCUACGCCAUCGCGCAGGCCCUCUCCCCGGCACUCUUCGCCUCGCUCGCCGACUCGCCGCGCAUCGGCCGCCGGCCCGUGAUGCUCUCGCUCAUCGCGCUCUACGCCGCCGCCAGCCUGGGCCUAGCGCUCAACAGCCUAGAUUCCCGUCGCGCCAACGGCUACGUGGCGCUCAUGGCGCUGCGCUUGCUGCAGAGCGUGGCCGGCUCGCCCGCCCCUGCGCUCGCUGGGAAAUGGGGGAUUGUGGCCGGCGGAGUCUGGAGGACGUGGUGGGAACGGUUGCGCGGCGGAAGCAAGAACUUGGCCUCAAAGUCUGACUGCACCCAUUUGGAUUUGAUGGAAAAAAAGAAGGGCUGGAGUCUGCAAGACGCCGUGGCCUCGUUCCGGAUCAUCCUCCACAAGGAUACCUUUGCGGUGCUUUGGAUGGUGGCGUCGUCCUACUCCGUCUACUACACUUUUCAAGUCGCCAUUCCCGUCAUUAUUGACGAGAUCUACGGAUACAACGAGCUUGAAAUAGGCCUUGUCUUCCUUCCCGGUCUGGCUGGCAUGACUAUCGGGGGCAUCAUUGCCGGGAAAUUGGUCGAUCGAAACUACGCCGUCACUGCGAGGAAGCACGGGCUUGAGCUCAAAGGCAAGGAUAAACACAGUACCGAGUUCCCAAUCGAGGCGGCAAGGUACCGACACUGUCUUGUCUUUGUCUUUCUGCAAAUGAUUCUGGUCAUCGGCUAUGGGUGGGCGGUAUGGUUCCGAGUGCAUCCCUCCGUCCCCAUCUUCCUCCAGUUCUGCGCUUGCGCCCUGUCGACGUUGCUCAGCCACACGGCCAGUGCUCUCCUGGUCGACAUCUUCCCGACAGCAUCGAGUUCCGCGUACGCUUCGGGGCAGCUGAUGAGGUGCGGCCUCAGCGCUGCCUCAGCAGCCGUCCUGCAGCCCCUCGUCGACGCCGUGGGUCGAGGAUGGUAUUUCACCAUAUUCUCGCUGUUUGUCAGCGUUACUGGUGUGGGUUCGGUUGCUGUGAGUCAAUGGAGAGGGAUGGACUGGCGCAGCAAGAGAUGCGCCUGGAGCACGGGUAAGUAG